GCGAACUUUUCGCAGGAGCAGAGGGCCAUGAAUUACGAAUUUGAGCGAGAGAUUGGCUUUAUCAAUAGUCAGCCGUCGCUUGCUGAGUGCCUGACAUCCUUUCCCCCUGUCGCUGAGACAUUUCAAAGUUCAUCAAUCAAGAGCUCUGCGCUUUCACACUCGACACUUAUUCCUCCUCCUUUCGAACAGACCAUCCCCAGCCUAAAUCCAGGCAGCCACCCUCGCCACAGCCGGCCUAAACACAGCCCCAAUGGUGGCAGCAGCAACGGCAGCAGUCCUGUGCCAGCAGCCGGAUCCCUGCCCCCGGAGUACCCCUGGAUGAAGGAGAAGAAGGCAUCUAAGAAGCACCCAGUACCUCCAGCCGCCAGUGCCCCCACAGCUGCAGCCUGCCUCAGCCACAAAGAAAUCAUUGAGAUCCAUGAUAAUAGUGGUGGAGGCUCCAGAAGACUAAGGACAGCUUACACCAAUACACAGCUGCUGGAGCUGGAGAAAGAAUUCCAUUUCAACAAGUAUCUGUGCAGACCCAGGAGGGUGGAGAUCGCUGCUUUGUUGGAUUUAACUGAGAGACAAGUUAAAGUUUGGUUCCAGAAUAGAAGGAUGAAGCACAAGAGACAGACCCAAUGUAAGGAGAAUCAGAAUGGGGAAGGGAAGUGCAAAAGUUUGGAGGAGUCUGAGAAGGGCGAUGGUGGAGAUAAGGAGAAGGCUCUGUUUGAGCAGGCUCUCAGCAAUGUCUCUGGGGCUUUACUGGAGAGGGAUGGAUACACUUUCCAGCAGCAGCAAGCUCAGAAUGCACACAAUGGGGAUCCUCAGAGUUUCCCAGUUUCUCCAUUAUCCAGCAAUGAGAAAAAUCUUAGACUUUUCCAGCAGCAUCAGUCACCCACCGUUCAGAACUGCUUAUCAGCAAUGGGCCAGGACUCUGCAGCUGCUGGACUCCCCAAUGAUAGCCCUGAUGAGGCCCUAGAUGUGGCUUCCCUAUCAGACUUCAAUGUCUUCUCCUCAGAUUCCUGCCUCCAGCUCUCAGAUACCGUGUCCCCCAGUUUACCAGGAUCUCUGGACAGCCCUGUAGAUAUCUCUGCAGACAGUUUUGAUUUUUUUACAGACACAUUUACCACAAUUGACUUGCAGCACCUCAACUACUGAACCAUCCACCGGACGCGAAAUGGUUAAUUUUUCGGUUCCCCCCCUCCACUCAAACGGUUGUUUUUAUUAUUAAUUAUUAUUAUUAUUAUUAUUAUUAUGAUUUGCACCCCCUCAACCAUUUCAGUGUUUCAUUACCACACAUUUUUUUUUAUUUCUCUUUAACCCCUUGAAAGCAAUAAGUGAGGCCUCCAGAAGAAAGUGAUGAUAUGCAAAAGGCAUUCUGACUUUCUUCUUUAUUUUUUGUAUUCCAUCCUUGUCUUUCCCUAGAAUAAAUCAUUAUAUCCUGCGGGUUCUUUUCUUUUUCAUUUCUACCAUCCC